ACGGCUCAUCGCCUGAGAGAUACGAUGGCCUCCCUUUCAGCCUCUCUCAGUCAGCCCAGCCAGCUGGAGGAUCACCUGAAGUGCUCCAUCUGCUUUAAAGUGUUCGAUGAUCCUGUCACUACAGUUUGUGGCCACUCCUUCUGCAUGAACUGCCUCGUGGGCAACCAGAAACACAGCGGCGGGACAUGUCCUUUAUGCAAAAAGCAUCUGAAUGUUGUCCCCGAUGUGAAUAUUGUCCUCAGAGAAGUUGUCCAACAGCUGAAACAGACGCAAACAGAAGACGAUCCUGAGAAGUACACCGGGGCGUGGGGCGAAGUGCCGUGCGACGUCUGCACAGAGGAGAAGCUCAAGGCGAAGAAGUCCUGCCUCGUGUGUCUCGUCUCGUAUUGUUCGGCUCACCUGUACUUUCACCUUUCGGCCGAAAGACUGAAGGGCCACAAGCUGGUGGAGCCCGUGAGGAAUUUAGAUUCGAGGGCUUGUCUGAAUCAUGGACGCCCUCUCGAACUGUUCAGCAGGAAUCAGCAGAAGUGCGUUUGCGUUCGCUGCUUGGAGGAAGGUCAACAUGAGGCCGUGUCCACUGAAACUGAAUGGAAGGAGAAAAUGGUCAAACUUGGAAACACUAAGGAUGAGCUACAGCAGAAAAUUGAUGAGCGAAAAUCAAAAGUGGAUGAGAUCAAUACUGCUCUGAAGAGCUGCAAGGAUCGGCUGGACAACGACUGGUGGGAUAUUGAGGCUGUGCUUAAUGCAGUGCUAGCUAUCGUGGAGGAAGUCCAGGCAGUGCUGCUUCAGCCACUGGAGGACAGGAAGAAGGUCUUGGAAAAGGAAGCAGAAUACCUAAAAAGCAAGUUGGAAGCAGAGAUAAAAAACUUAGACACAAUGAUCUGUGAAUUGGAUGAUAUUUCUGUGCUCGAGGAUCACGUCCUUUUCCUUCAGCUGUACCCACCUCGUCAGGACACUGUCUGCUUCAAAGACUUCAAAGACUGGACUCAGGUGGCACUCGACACAUCGCUUUGUUUUGGCACCAUGAGGAAAACUACCACAAAAAUGAUGGAGAAAAUUCGAGAGGAGCUUGAGAAACUGACCGCAUUCGAACUUGAGAGGAUCUCAGUCUUUACAGAGGAUGUACAGCUGGAUCCCAUGAGCGCGCACCGACGCCUCGUCGUUUCCAAAGACGGAAAAGCAGUGAUCGACGGAGGACAGGACCAGAAUGUCGCCGACAGUCCCAAGAGGUUCGACCUGCUCGGCAGCAUCCUCAGCCACCAGAGUUUGUCUUCUGGGAGGGCUUAUUGGGAAGUGGAGGUCUGCAAUAAGACCGGCUGGGAUCUCGGAGUGGCAAGAGGUGACGCCAACCGCAGGGGGAAACCGAGGGUGAGCCCCGAUAACGGCUACUGGGUCGUCGCGCAAUAUGAAGACGACAAGUACGCAGCUCUGACGGCGCCGCCACUCCGUCUGCACCUGGAAGAGAAACCGGAGAAGGUGGGGGUGUUCGUGGACUACGAGGAGGGUCUGGUCUCCUUCUACAACCUGACGGCUCACUCACACAUCUACUCCUUCACGGAGUGCACGUUCAAAGGAGAGCUUUACUCGUAUUUUGGUCCACACGUGAAGCAGGGCGACAGAAAUUUGGAGCCUUUGAUUAUUUCUGUGAUAUAAACAGGAUGUUAGUGACUCAACACUUGAGGAGAAUCUGUGUGUUUGUGUUCCAAAUGAAUCCUGUCCUCUUUGCCCUUUUCUGGGAGUGAAAGCAAUCAUGUUAUUCUGGGAAAAGAAGUAGAAAACAGUUAGGAGGAAACACAUUUACUGAUUUAUCAUAUCUUUGUUUCUUCUACUGAGGAGGAGUUUACUCUCUUCUGCUGUGACAUUCAUAUUGGUGUUUGCAUUCAUUGUGGGGUUUUGCAUUUGUGUUUUGCAUGUUGUAUUUGUGUUCCAAAUAAUUUGAGGUCUUCUUCCGGAAACAAUGUAUCUCUAACUCUUAUGAAAUUAGUUAAGACAAUGUUAAAAAAAAAAAAAAGACAUUACUCAGAACCAGUUUCUUGUACUUCUAUUAAAGGGGCUGUAUCAUACUUUUUUAGCUA